CGGGCAUUGUACUCAUUUUUUCCGCACCCGUUUCGGGCGUCCCAAUCAGAGUCGCCGACCCGAGGGGGGGUCUGGGCCUCGAGCACCUCCAUGGCCGCGAGGGGGGCGCUGCGCGCCGCCCUCGGCCUGUGCCUGUGCCGCGCCGGCCUCGGCGUGCAGCUCGAGGGCCCCGCCCUCGGGGGCUCGGCGGCGGCCCCCCGGGCGGAGGACGAGGUCGCUCUCGGGGACCUCUUCGCGUUCCAGGAGGCGGGCCUGAGGCGCGAUGCGUCCGGGGCGGGCCUCGCGCACCUGCGCGCGCAGGCGCCCGCCGGCCAGGCCCGGCCGUUCCGGUUCCUGCAGCCGCCCCACACCGGCUCCGUGACGGUCCUGUCCGCCCUCGGCAUCGCCGCCGGGUGCGCGACCUACGACGCGCCGUGCGAGCCCCUCCGCAGCCGCUCCAUGCGGAGCCUGCACUCGCACGCGUCGCUGCCCGUGCGCGCCUUCGCCCCGAGGCAGUGGGCCGAGUUCGACGAGGAGGUCACCUUCGCCUUUGCCCGCGACCCCUGGAGCAGGAUGGUGUCCUGCGCCGGCUGGAACGAGGCGAUCGACUCGGCGAAGUCGACGAGGAACAGGACGUUCGACGAGAACGUCCGCGCGUUCCGGGGCUUCGUGCGGAAAACUAUCCGAGGCGGCAGGGGGCUCUGCAGCUACAUGGGCAACAUCUCGGGUCGGGCGAGAGGCGUGUAAGCACAAACAUGGAUACGAGGCGCGUGGAUUAGCCACCA